AUGGUCAUAGUUCAUAGCACUUUUAACCUUAUUGUUAUUUCAGAGGUCAUUGAAAACCUGAUUAUAAGUGAAGAUUCACCUGGCAUACCUGAGGCAAUUGAUAGACUCUUCAUGGAUAUAGAAAAUGUCAACAGGGAUUCUAUGGCUGAGAUACAGGAUGCUCAGGUUGAAGAAAUGGCAGUGAACCUGUGGAAUUGGGCAGUUACCAAGAGAGUAGGUUUGGUUAUAACUGUCGACGACAAAGCUAAAUUACGACAUGUUGCUUGCAGAUUGAUGUCUAUGUGUGAAAGUUCAGCUGCUUCCGAAGAAGCUCUUCGAAGACAGAUUUUGAUGAAUAUGAAAACAGGAAAAGGAUGGGUGGAUGUUGGAAAUCCUUUGAUGGCUGAUGAAUUUUUUCAAGCUACCAUGGCUGGUCUGGAGCACUUAUAUAACAUUAUAAUGCAGAAGAGCUCCACUGAGGCCCACCUGACUAUGCAGAAGAUUGCUGUGGAGAGAGACGUUUUCAAAGUGCUUUCGUACCAAGCAGAGUCAGCAAUUGCUCAAGAUGAUUUUCCAAGAGCAUCUACAUGUGUAAUGCGCUGUAAAGAUAUGUUGAUGAGGCUCCCUAAAAUGAUCAGAUAUCUUCAUAUUCUCUGUUACAACUUUGGAGUAGAAACCUACUUGCAGAACAAAUUUGAAGAGUGUGCUUUCUGGCUGAGCCAAAGCUAUGAUAUUGGGAAGAUAGAAAACAGUUCUGUUGAGCCAGAAAUGCUGGCCAAAGCUCUACGUUUACUAGCCACUGCUUAUUUGGAUUGGGACGACAGAGAAUAUUACUAUAAGGCUCUCAGCGCUAUAAACCUAGCAAACAAGGAACAUGUAAACCCAGCUGGGCUUCUCUUAAAGAUGAAAAUCAUCUUGAACAACGAAACAACUAAUGAACACCUCAUUGAAGCUGCCAUGGACAUGCUGUAUCUUGAAAUGCCUUUAGACUUCUAUCUGAACCUUAUUAAACUGCUGAUGGAUCAUGAAAGAGAAUCUAUUGGCUUUUAUUUUCUGAAGAUUGUCUGUGAACAUUUUAAGUCAUCAGAAAAUAUUGGAAAAGCUUUACUGUUCCACAUUGACAUACUUUUUCAGAGGAAGGAAGAACUGCUUGCCAAGGACAAGAUUGAAGAAAUCAUUAUAGGUCACCAAACAGGAAGACAACUGACAAUACAAGCAUUAGGCUAUUUACAUGACAUUCUGUGGGAAAAAGCUGCCAGAAGUUUUGAGGUGCAAAAUUACGCUGAUGCCCUAAUCUGGUACUGUUAUUCUCUGAGAGUUUAUGAAUGUGACCAGAGGGAUCUGAACUUGGCCAAGCUGAAGAGGAACAUAGCUUCCUGUUACCCGUUGAAGCAAGUUGAUAAGGCUAAAGAAGCACUGGCAGAAGCUGAACAAUACGAUCCUGCAAAUGUUUUCACUCAAUUUUCAUUCAAGAUUGCAAUCAUAGAUGGCAACUCUGACAGAGCUUUGCAGGCAAUUACUACUUUAGAUAAUUUAUUAGCAACUGAUGAUCCAGAAAAGAAUGAACUACUUCCAGACAGAAGUGCAUCUAUCAUGCUCCUCAGUUUAGCUGCCAAGUUUGCGCUAGAGAACGGACAACAAACUGCGGCAGAAAAAGCUUUGGAAUAUUUGGCUAAAUAUUCACAAGACCUACAGCAAGCCCUUACAGCUUUAAAGUGUUUGUUUCGUCUUGCUUAUCCAAAAGUUUCUGAAAUGCUGGAAUCUGAAGAGAGAAUGGCAGAAAUGGAUAGACUUUUGACUUGCUUGAAUACAGCACUCCUGAAACUUACUCAGUGUUUUCAUGGAAUAGCUCCGCCUACCGACUCAAUGGUUAAUGAAGCUCAUUGGUUUCGAAAAAUAGCUUGGAACUUGGCUGUGCAAUGUUCCAAAGACUUGGUAAGAAUGAGAGAGUUUUUCAUGCUUUCUUACAAGGUAUCCCAGUUUUGUCCUUGUGAUGAAGUAAUUCUGACUUCACAGAAAACAUGUUUACUGAUGGCAUCUUCACUUGACCUACAGCAAGGGAGAAGAGCUUCAACACCUUUUGAACAGACCAUGUUACUGAAUCGUGCACUUGAGCAGAUCCAUAAAUGCAGAGAAAUCUGGAAUCUCCUGAAAGAAACAGGGAACUUCUCAAAUGAUCCAUGUGAGACGUUGCUUCUGCUGUAUGAGAUUGAAGUUAAAGUCAAACUGAAUGAUCCAUUACUGGACAGUUUCCUGGAGCCAGUGUGGGAACAGCCUGACAUAGAAAGUAAAACACUGGAAACAAUCGCAUCAUUAGCGAUGGAAAUGCCUGCAUACUAUCCUUCCAUCGCUCUGAAGGCCUUGAAAAUGGCGUUACUGCUCUACAAAAAGAAAGAAUCAUUUGAUGUUUUCAAAUACAGCAAAUGUCUGCACAGCUUGAUUAACCUCUUAAUCCCAGAUGGGGUACCAAGUGCAGAACUCUGUCCCCUUGAAGAAGUUUGGGGCUAUUUUGACGAAGCUUUGAGCUUUAUUAACCAAAACGAAGACUACCCAGAAAUGGAGAUUGUCAUGCUCAUGGUCAAGUCCUGGAAUACUGGAAUAUAUAUGUAUGGCAGCGGCAAGGGUGUAUCUGCUGAAAAGUGGUGUGGCCUAGGGAUGCGUUUCCUUGACCACCUUCGCCCCCCGCUCAGGGGAAACUAUGAAACUCAGAUGAACAUUCUGUAUAGUCAGCUCGUGGGAGCAUUAGCACAAAACAAGGGCUCAUGUUUCCGUGAAGAGUGAGAGGCGUGCGAGCAGGCAAGCCGACAGCGAC